CAGCCCGAGCUGAACCUACACUCCAAGCCGCCGCGGUUGCUUCCGGUUCGCCACCACUCGCUCCGCUCGCUGUACCGCCCUCCCUCCCCCUUCCCUUCCCCAUGGCCGCCUCGCCUUCCCUCCACGCCCCCCGCCUCCUCCCGCUGCUCCCGAACCCCGCCCCGAGCCUCGCCAGGCCCCGGCGUCGCUUCACGGCGGCGUCGGCGGUGCCGCCGUCGCGGAACGGGAGCUCGGCGGGGACGGACUGGUGCCCCGUGCCCCCGGAGCAGCGGCCCGUGAACGAGUACGAGGCGCUGGCCGCGUCGCAGCCCUUCUCCUGGGCGGCGGGGGACCUGCGCCUCUACUGCUCCCGCCUCGCCUUCACGGGGGCCGCCUUCGCGCUCUUCGUCGGCCUCCCCGUCGCGGCCUUCGGCGGCCGCGGGGGCGUCGGCGGCGACGCCCUGCACCUCGCGCUCGGGGCCACCGGCUCCGGGAUCCUCGCCGUCACGCUCGCCGUCGUAAGGAUGUACCUCGGCUGGGCCUACGUCGGGAACCGCCUGCUCAGCGCCACCGUCGAGUAUGAGGAGACGGGAUGGUACGACGGGCAGAUAUGGGUUAAAACCCCAGAAGUUCUAGCUCGUGAUCGUCUUCUCGGAUCAUUUUCUGUGAAGCCGGUGCUGAAGAGAGUGAAGUUCACCCUGGUGGGCCUGGCGGUGUCGCUGACCCUCUGCAUCCUCCUCUACGCCAACACCGAGAAGCCGAGGGAGCCGCUGGAGAACCCCGCCGGCGGGAGGGCCAUCCCCGGGGUGUACAGCGACACCGCCGCGAGGUCCUUCGAGCCCGACGCCUUCUGCGGGGAGCCCGACCUCGGCGACCAGUCGGAACUGUAACUGCAAAUGGCGUUCCUAGUGGAUGGAAGGUGACGACCGGAUGUCUUCAUAUCCAUCUUGUUCGUCAGGGUGAAAAGUGAUGUAAAUAUAUGGCCGUACAUAGUGAUAGUGCAUACGAAAUGAGAAUCCCUUGUAUAGUUGUAUAGCUGUAUAGCUGUUGGCCCUGUGUGUA